AUGGGUCGUUCAGUUGUGCUUAUGAGAAGUGAUGUGGUUUUAGGAGGACGGAGAGAUGGAUUGAAUGUCAGAUGGAAGGUGCUUCUAAUAACGGCAGUUCUGCUCAUUCUACCAGUCACUUGUAUUCUGCUGUCAUCAUACGGAAAAAGCAUUGCGUCUGGGCUGCUCACGAAUGUGUGGUUUGUUGUUGCCGUCAUAAUUACAACAGCGUGCUUAAUGGUGACGUAUGUUAUUCUGGAAAUUUAUUACAUAUCUUUCCCCUUGCAAAUUCUAUUCGCAGUCCUAUUGGACAUCGCACUAUCAAUCACAUUCGCUAUAAUAUCAUCAUUUUUUGAGGGUAAAUGGUGUUUGAUUGCUCUGGGUAUUACAGCUGUUAUUGCUUUCUUAAUUGGAGUUGCUGCGAUCAAAAUAACAACACGAAAAUCACUCAAGAAGAUUGUGCUUUACAUUACUGGUGGAGUGUUACUCCUCAUCAUCAUAGUUUCUGAUAUUCUUGCUGCGCUAGAAAUUCAACUAGAGGUGUUUCUUCGAUUAUUGGCUUCCUGUUUACUCGUAAUAUCAUGUUACAUGAUCUACUCGUUUAUUCAGUUGACAUGGAGAGGAGAAUUUCCGGAUUCUGAGUGUCUCUACAUGUCCAACAUGUUAUGUCUAUUCUUACUUGCAUUAUUCUCUUCCAUAUUACUAAUGUUUCCAAUGGACGGGUCGAAGAGUUGUUCUGCCUUAGAAGCAAUGUGCAUGAUAGGCAACUGUUGGUUCAAAUCGAUUGGGCAUCCAAUCUAUGCUUGGUUAUACAAUGUCAGUAUAUUGUAG